CACUGUUAAAACCCUGCAUUCCUUAGAGAGAGAGACGUUGCAUUUUCUUAGAGAGAGAGAGUAAUUUAUUUAAAAUUCCAGACUGUGAUCUCCUCCCUGUACCCACUCUCUCUCUCUCUCUCUCUGUCUAAAUCCAAGUGUUCCUUGAUCCCUACGCAUCUCCUUCACCAAAUGGAAACCCUAGACAUUUCAUGGCUCCUUUUCUUCUCUCUCUAGCCUGACUGCAAAAGCAGAGCUUUGAGCCCUAGAAACCUUUCUAGGGCUCUUUUAUGCUUGCAUUCCGUAUCCUUUUCGGACUGUACUUUGAUGGGACCAGAUCCGGAUCAAAGCUUCAGUUUCUGGGAGUCUCCAUUUCUCUGAGCCACAGGUUGAGAACCUUUUAGGUGGCCCUUUUCUUCCUGGAGAAAGUUAUGAUGAUGCAUCUAGCUUUAUAAAACAUAUGCAUUUUGGGUUUCCUUCAAAUUCCAGAAACACAAAUCAGAAGAAGAAGCUGCAAUUUUUGCUGAAAAGAAGUUCAAUUAGGGGUGUUGAGCUCUUCGAGUCUUUAAAUGGCUAUUAUCAAGAGCACCAGUGGCCCAUCAAUCCCUUUUUGUAACUAUUACAAGAUACCUUUUCUAAUCGAACCCAUUCUUGAUGCAAAGAAGACCUCUAAAUUAGAGGAUCGAUAUGUGUUGGGUGAGCAGUUGGGUUGGGGCCAAUUUGGGGUUAUCAAGAUCUGUAAGGAAAAGCUAACUGGUGAGACCUUGGCUUGUAAAUCCAUAGCCAAGGAUAGGUUGGUCACACCAGAUGACCUUUGUAGUGUAAAACUAGAGAUAGAAAUAAUGACCAAAUUGUCUGGCCACCCAAAUGUGGUGGCCCUCAAAGCUGUAUUUGAAGAAGAGGAUUAUGUGCAUUUAGUGAUGGAACUUUGUGCUGGGGGGGAGCUUUUCCAUCGGUUAGAGAAGCAUGGUCACUACUCUGAACCUGAGGCUGCCAUUCUAUUUAAGCAUCUUAUGGAAGUUGUGAUGUAUUGCCAUGAUAAGGGCAUUGUUCAUAGAGACUUGAAGCCUGAGAACAUACUCUUGGCCACUAGGUCCUUAUCAUCACCAAUCAAGUUGGCUGACUUUGGCCUUGCUACUUAUAUUAGACCUGGACAGUAUCUGUAUGGGACAGUUGGAAGUCCCUUCUAUAUUGCUCCUGAAGUUCUUGCUGGUGGGUAUAACCAAGCAGCUGAUGUAUGGAGUGCUGGUGUGAUCCUUUACAUUCUUCUCAGUGGGAUGCCUCCGUUUUGGGGGAAGACUAAGUCAAGGAUCUUUGAAGCUGUUAGAGCUGCUGAUUUGCGGUUUCCUUCCGAUCAUUGGGAUCGUGUAUCUGAGUCUGCCAAAGACUUGAUUAUUGGGAUGCUAUGCACUGAUCCCUGCAAGAGGCUUACAGCUGCUCAGGUUUUAGAUCAUCCAUGGAUAAAAUCUGAAUUACAGAUUUUGGAGCGUUAUGAACCAAACAACCCAAAAGAUGCGGAAUGCGACCUGGAUUCUGAACAUUCCUCUACUCCUAUGUCUGCCAAUCGCGACUUGAGCUUUAACUCAGGGGCUGGCCUUUCUGGUGAAGUUACGUUGGAUUGUUCACCAGCAUUCACUUGCAAAUCUUCCUUCUCUUCGUAUUUGGCCACUCCUGCUCCUUGCACUGGAUAUGGGGAUUUCUCAUUCAGUAGAUGCUCGGUGCCAAAGGUAUUUGAGUCUUCAUCACCAGUUCCAUCAAUGCCAAGCUUUUCAUUCCUAAGAGAAGGCUCUCUAUCUGAGCAAGAGAAACAAUUGUCCCUACAGGAGGAAAGUACAAAUGGAUCCACAACACAGGGAGAAGCUGGCUUUGAGAAGCUCCUUCUCUCACUAGAAUCUUCAGGCAUUGAUUUUCGUAGAGGUGGGGCCGGGCCUUCCAAAAUCCAAAACAGAAGGAACCGCACAAUUGGCUUGGGUGAGGUUGAGCCACUAGGGCUCAUGGUCACAGAAUCAGUCAUAAGGUGGUCUUCGUGCACCCAUCUCUCAAGCAACACUUCUCUCCAGUCCUCCCUGGUCUGCUAAACUUUUGCCCAUAAAUUUGGUGGAUUAUUCAGAGUCGGGUUUUCUUUGAUGGAGAAGAGAUGCCCUUUCAGUGCGCUGCAGCUUUGUCACACUACAUCUGGGGAAAUAUUUAGAUUUGGUCUUCUUUGAUUGGGAAACUAGAUACAGUGUCAGCACACUGAAGCUUUUCCGCUACAUUCGUGGGAUUAUUUGGAGUUGGGUUUGCUUUGUUUAAGAAGCUAGAUGCAGUGUGGGUGUGAUUAAGCCUUGCUGCCAAAUUUGGAGGACAAUUUGGAGUUGGGUUUCUUUGAUUGAGAGGCCAAAUGCAGUGUCAUUUUGUGGAAAUGUUGCUGUUAUAUUUGGCAGAAAAUUGGGAGUUGGGUUUCUCUGAUUUGGAUGCUAGAUGCGGUGUAGACAAUUCGCUGAAGCUUCUCUGAUGUAUUUGGUGGACAAUUUAGAGUUGGUUUUUGGACUGAGAGGCAGGAUGAGGUUUCAGUUUGUAUUUUAUUGGCUGGAGGGACUUGUUGAGCUGGAUUUUGGGUGGGCCCAUUCAAAAAGAGGUGAGUUUGGGCAUCAUGUAUGUUGUUAAAAAGUAUUGGACUUGUAUCUUAGAAAAAAAAGGGCGAGCAUUUCAAGGUUGCUGGUUCCCCAUGAGGCUGAAUCCUGACUUUUAGAUGUAAUUGUAUUUAAUGAACUUGACUAUCUUGUGCAAGCUUGUAUUGCUUAAAAACUCAAAUGGAAUGAGAGCUUCAGUGAGCUUUGUUUGUGCAGUUAUAGAGCAUAUUGAGACUUCUUUCCA